AUGAUCACGACCUUCUGGUGGUAUUGUGGGCUCAUCAGCCCCAUGGGGCACAGGUCCGUGGAGACCUGCUUUCAGUAUAUGGGGCGCUUUACUUAUUUUGUCUUCGGCGCUGAAGUUCUUUUGUGGCAGAUCGGGAAUGCAAAAUGCACCUUUCCGGAUACUGCAGCUGGAGCAGUGCUCGAUGUAAUUCUCAUAGAGAUGUUGCCAUUCAUGGCUACAUUACAUUGGCAUUUGCUCAGCUACGUCGGCAGCUACAGCCUCAACGGCGCACUCUUUCAGAGUUGGGAGGGGCCCUUGGUGUUCCUUGUGGGUAGCCUCGUGCUGCUGCCUUUGGCCGUCGGUGUGCUCCGGGAAUGGAACCGGGCUGGGCUACUUGGCUGGGUGCUGCGGCGUGUGCUGGCGAUCGCGGUGGGCAUCAUCCUAUUGACUCUGGUGUUCUCUACGAGCGGGUUUGGACUGCACCUGCAUCACUACUUCGUAGCACUUGCAGCUUACUUUGGCUCGCGUGGCCGGUCCCGUGUGACAGCUGUGGCGCGUGCUCUGUGUUUAGGUGCUCUCAUUAACGGCCUGUCCCACUAUGGUGAGACCUACGACCUUCCGCUCUGGUACGAGGGCCUGGGAUGGUAUCCGCCAACAGGCGAAGUCAACGUUGGCGCCUGGGGACAGGGAGAUCAGGUGAUAUUCACGGCUGCUGAGGCGACGAAUGUCCCGGACGAAGUUCUGCUGAGAUGGGGCCUGGUGCGCGACCUUGGCGCCUCAAACUGCACAGAGGGCUACGACCCAGAUGAUGGCACCAUUUUCGUGGUGGAGAUGAACCACAUCGAGAUCUACCGGGGCCCCAGUCGCCACCUUACGGCCCCGCUCUUCAGCACCGUGCCCGGCGACACUGCCUACGUGCGUGUUGGCCGGGUGUCACCGGGCUUGUCACGGCGAGUGGUGUCAGCCUCUCAGGUCCUGAAGUUGCAGAGAGGGCCUUCGCCUCUUCUGUGGCCUUACGAGGCUUCCAGCGACAUGUGCGCCAAAGCCACCACUUUAGCGCAGCAGCCCGACACACUUGACGGCUACAUUUGA